GCUCAGGAAGCUAAGGCUGUGUGUAUUUGUGGAUCAGACAAGGGCAGCAAGUUAAUAUCAUUGGCUUCUGAAGACGAGAGAGGUGAUGGCUGUGUUUAAGUUGGAUUUCCUUCCAGAAAUGAUGGUGGAUCAUUGCUCUUUGAAUUCCGGUCCCGUCUCAAAGAAAAUGAACGGCACCCUGGACCACCCCGACCAACCAGAUCUUGAUGCUAUCAAGAUGUUUGUUGGCCAGGUUCCGAGGACCUGGUCUGAGAAAGACUUGCGGGAACUCUUUGAACAGUAUGGUGCUGUCUAUGAAAUCAACGUCCUAAGGGAUAGGAGCCAAAACCCUCCUCAGAGCAAAGGGUGCUGUUUUGUUACAUUUUACACCCGUAAAGCUGCAUUAGAAGCGCAGAAUGCUCUUCACAACAUGAAGGUCCUCCCAGGGAUGCAUCAUCCUAUACAGAUGAAACCUGCUGACAGUGAGAAGAACAAUGCAGUGGAAGACAGGAAGCUGUUUAUUGGUAUGAUUUCCAAGAAGUGCACUGAAAAUGACAUCCGAGUCAUGUUCUCUUCAUUUGGACAGAUUGAAGAGUGCCGGAUAUUGCGGGGACCUGAUGGCCUGAGCCGAGGUUGUGCGUUUGUGACUUUUACAACAAGAGCUAUGGCACAGACGGCUAUCAAGGCAAUGCACCAAGCACAGACCAUGGAGGGUUGCUCAUCCCCCAUGGUGGUGAAAUUUGCGGAUACACAGAAGGACAAAGAACAGAAGAGAAUGGCCCAGCAGCUCCAGCAGCAGAUGCAGCAAAUCAGCGCAGCAUCUGUGUGGGGAAAUCUUGCUGGUCUAAAUACUCUUGGACCCCAGUAUUUAGCACUCCUUCAGCAGACUGCCUCCUCUGGGAACCUCAACACCCUGAGCAGCCUCCACCCAAUGGGAGGGUUAAAUGCAAUGCAGUUACAGAACUUGGCUGCACUAGCUGCUGCAGCUAGUGCAGCUCAGAACACACCAAGUGGUACCAAUGCUCUCACUACAUCCAGCAGUCCCCUCAGCGUACUCACCAGUUCAGGGUCCUCACCCAGCUCCAGCAGCAGCAACUCUGUCAACCCGAUAGCCUCCCUUGGAGCCCUGCAGACAUUAGCUGGAGCAACAGCUGGCCUCAAUGUCAGCUCUCUGGCAGGGAUGGCUGCUUUAAAUGGUGGCCUGGGCGGCAGUGGCCUUUCCAAUGGCACCGGGAGCACAAUGGAGGCCCUCACUCAGGCCUACUCGGGGAUCCAGCAGUAUGCUGCCGCGGCACUCCCCACCCUGUACAACCAGAAUCUGUUGACGCAGCAGAGUAUUGGUGCUGCUGGAAGCCAGAAGGAAGGUCCAGAGGGAGCCAACCUGUUCAUCUACCACCUGCCCCAGGAGUUUGGAGAUCAGGACCUGCUGCAGAUGUUUAUGCCUUUUGGGAAUGUCGUGUCUGCCAAGGUUUUUAUCGACAAGCAGACAAACCUGAGCAAGUGUUUUGGUUUUGUAAGUUACGACAAUCCUGUUUCGGCUCAAGCUGCCAUCCAGUCCAUGAACGGCUUCCAGAUUGGCAUGAAGCGGCUUAAAGUGCAGCUCAAACGUUCGAAGAAUGACAGCAAGCCCUACUGAGCGUGCUCCCCUCUGAGACUGGAGUGAGAGGGUCUUCUGGCACAGCUUGCCCUGAAGACUCGGCUACUGCCUUCUGUGGGAGUUUCGCUUCGUACAGAGGACGAGUUUGUGCUUUGGUUUCCAGUGUUUUACUUUGGAGUUUAGGUGCCAUAUCCUGAGUUUUUUUUUUUUAUUAUUUUUUUAUUUAAAGUUUGCCGUGUUUGUAACCAGUGUGUGUUGAAAAGGACCAACACCAAACCGCCCUGGGAGAGGGGGAAUGGGGAAACACUUAAAAAGAUCAGAACUUGCCCCAAGCUACUACCCUGAGAGAGAGGACUAAGUGGAACAAAAAACUGACUCCCAGAAUCUCCCUGAGCGUGAGGGUGGGUAAAGUGAGAACUGACAUCCAAGAGCUGUGGGGGGUGGGGCAGGGCAAGGCAGCUUGGCUUCGAGAAAUGUGGGAAUAACUGAGUGACACCAAUCUCGGCCUUCGGAGCUGGAGGCCAAAACUCCCCCAUAGCCGCUGUCUGUGGAAAUACUGAGUUUUUGCCACCUGUUUUUCAGAUUCUUGUUCUACAUUUCUGCCCCUCUUUCCCAGGACGGGGCUAGCAAUUCUCUGGGAAUAAAGCAUCGGUAAAUUCGUUUGACAUACGCAAAAAGCAGAGAGACCUCACCCACUACCAGCUUUCCCAGGCAGCCGUUGAUACUGGAUUGGCCCUGCCUGGCCAAUGACUGCUUCAGAGAAGCAGCCUGUUAAAGAGGUCAUUUUUGGUCCUGUUUCAACACCGAGUUGUAGAGCAUGACCCAUUUCUACCAAGUUCCUAAGGAAGGCCCCUAGGGAAGACACUGCCUGGCUUCUUCCCUUGCAGUCCACCCCAGCAAGGAGCAUCACUUCCCUCCCAAGCCACUGUUUUUUCAUGAGGGCAGAUCCAAGAAGGCUUGCACUGUCUAGCUGAAGGGGGUACCUCUUCUGGGCAGAGUGAUCAGAAGCCAUCUAGUUGAGGGAGAAGGAGCCUGCUUCUGGGUGUACCUGAAUCAGAAAGUCCCUUCAAGCCAGGGUCCUGCGUUCCGAGUGGCCAGCACUUAGUAUUAAAGAGGGUUAAGGAACCUGCACUUGUCUCCUUCGUUGAGUUGUUGGCCAAGAUGUUGCAUCACCAGAGAGGCCUGGCAGGCCCUCUCCUAACCACUUCAGGCUCUUGGGGACAGAGGGAGACAAUAGGACGUUUACAGCCUCCAUAUGAAUUUAGUGUUCAUUUACCUCAGUAGUACCAUGUUCGUUUUUGUCCUUGUGCUUUCAAUUAGCUCCCUACUGCCUCCCACAGGUCCUGCUCAUGCUCUAGCCUGUGACCCACACAGCCUCUAGGCUCUGCUUCUUCUCCAAGAAAUGCCGUGGGGGUAGAGAGCCAGGAAGGACAUGUUGGGAUUGUAUACCUGGGCAGAGGUAGCCCUGUUAGGAUAUGACUGUUAGCCAAGGCCAGGAACUGAGUUCCUGGAACCUUACAAACAUCAGUUGUGACCCUAGCAGCAGAGAUAAGAAUAAAGGGGUUGGUUCACUGCUGAGUCAGAUGGGAGCCCUCUCCUUGUCACACUGUCCAUUUGGGUAACAGACAGGGAUUGACCGUCUUGCUAUUGUGCAGGUAGUUGGUGGUGUUGGGUUUUUUCCCCCCCAUUGAAGCUGGGACAGCUGUUCCCUUCUCAUAGUGAUUAACUUGGGUCUGUUGUCCUCUAAGAAACAUGAAACAUAUACUUCUUAAGCUGAACCACGUAAACUUGAAUUCUGCACACUGGGAGAAAUGUGUCCUGUGUUUCAAAGGAUAAAACUGUUCCAAAGGCUUCCAGGGGCAUGAUGGGAUUUUUUAAAUAAAUGCAAAAAAUGAAAAUAAAAAAGAAAAAAGAAAACAAAAAAAAAAAGAAAAAAAUGCUAGGUUGGGGAGACACUGUUCUGAAUCCCAACCGGCUGGAACCAAGAAUGUUGUUUCUAUUUUUAUAGAAGUUUUAUACAGCUCCGGGGUGGAGAAUAUUUAUUACCUAAAUUAUAUCUCUGGAAAAGGCCAGGAUUUUGUAGAAUCCAGAAUGUGAUUGUUGUACACACAGGGUGCUGUGUAUGAUUGAAACUACUGACUUUCUGUGGCCCGUUUGCAGCCCAGCUAAUCCGCCAGAGGGGGAAGGAGUUAAUGCUGUGAAUUGGCGGAGGAGAGAGCUGUGCUCCACAGGGUGCUGCCCAUGCUGUGAUUGCUAACCUUCUGUUCUCUCUCCUUCCUUGGCCAUUGUGUGGUUAUCCAGAGCCCAGAGCCCUGCUGCAUUCCCACUUCUGCUUCCGCCAUCUCACCGUUAUUUGUCUGUGGGUUUGUUCUGAGCUCUGGGCCCUUACGAAACCCUUUUCCCAACGACAAAAGGCAAAGGUGCAAUCAACUCACUUUUGAUACCAGACCUGAGAUUUCAUACCUGCUUGUGGGUUCUCUUUUCUAAAAGGAGCAUGUGCCACAGCAGGGUCCAGGGCUGCUAAAGCAGCCAGCUGGUGAGACCAUGCACUUCUCUGUCCUCCUCUGUCCCCUGCCAGUGAGUUAGCACGGCAGCAGCACUGUCCUUGAGCACAGUUCUCUCCCCAGGCCAAAGAUGGUUUUGUGAAGAAGCUGCUCCCCUCCAAGUCUUGCGAUGUGAAAGGGCUCAGCUCAGAGUGGAGACUCGCAGUCAGGUCUUAGCAAUCCUUUUCUGUUGUGUGGGGUUUUCAAGUACAGUGUGUUUUCUGCUGGUAGUUUUGUUUCUUCCUUUGGGUUACAUCAUGAAAUUGAUUUGUCCUGAAUGCAGCCAGACCAGUGUCUCCUGGGUUCCACAAGAGUGGCUGGGGGCUGCGGGGAAGCUAAGAGCUUGGAUAUCCGGGAACAAAGACCCAUUCCUGCAGAGUUGUGGAGAAAUCCUGGCCCUCUUCCCUGGGGAAUUCUCCCAUCCCAGUCAGCACCUUCUGCUUCCAGCGUGGGUCUUGACCAGGGAAUGGGGGAGAAACGGGGGGUUGGGGGCUGUUUGGGCACUUCAGGGGAAAAUCCAAGCCUUAGGUUCCAUUCUGUCUCUGGCAGUUGGAUGUUUUCUUGGUGUCCUCCAUGUCCUUUUUGACUUUUCCCUGUGUCCAUUGUUAGCAUGUGCAAAAGUUCCCUGUCAUUACCGGUGCCCCACCCCACCUCCUCAUUUCAGGGCUGUACACACAGUGAGUGUUCCUGUUCUCUCUCUCUUUGUUUGGAUGUAUUGCUCUGUGUAACUCAGUGGGUCUCCCUCUUUCUGGUUUGUUUUUUUUUCUAGAUUCCUGCCGUUUGUUCAUCGUUGUGCCUAAAGCAUGUCGAUGUGGCGUCAAGUACAUCGUCCAAAUCCCUGUCUCUUCAGCUUCUCUGAUGCUUGAACUCUCACCUUUGACCUUGUGUUGACCUUUGAUGCUGAUGUGUAUUUUUAUUAUGUUUGUUUCUUUCUUUGUUUUUUCUUUUUUCUUUCCCUUUUUUUUUUUUUUCUUUCUUUUGUGCUGCCAAAUUGGUUUUGCUAGAACGACUGCUGAAGGGGAAAUAUUUAAACUUGCAUUUGAAUAUAAAAAAAAAAUCUAUUUUUCUAGAACUUCAUAAGAUAACCACUUGAUUUUGUGAUUCCAAUUCUUUGUAACUGUCUUCAGAGCAGCCCUACUAGCACAUACCGCGUGGUGUUUGUAUUUCUGUGAACACACAGCCAGUCCGUUUCUAGGCUUUGUUUCUCUGUGUGCUUAGUUUUAAAGACAACUUUGAAGUAAACAAUGAAAUAAAAGAUGUCACUAAAACCUUUGAGGCUCCUGAGCACAUUUUGCUGAUAUAGUUUGUAGGGCUUGAGGAGACCGCAUGUGUUCUUAUUUUUGUUUUUUCAAGUUCUCAACUGCAGAAAACACCUGAACUCCCUUUCCUUUUUGACUGCAAGCUGCAGUUUGGGCCCCAGCCAGCCCUUUUCCUUUUUCUUUUGUGGUUCUUCCCAGUGGGGAGCCUUUGGACCCCUCGUGCCGUUCCCCGCGUUCCUGCCUGCAUCCCUGUCCAUGCUUGUUCCUACAGUCUCCACAGCAAAAUGUGAUGCUUUGAUUUUUUUUUGGUUUUGUUUUUGUGUUGAGUUUUUUCCUUUCCUACUAAGAUUAUGCCCAGAAAAAACAAAUUUUGCAUGUUUCCUGCUGUUUCUUCACACCUUCGUAUAUAUCACCUUCACCUCUCUGUUUUCUAUAGUUUGUGCAAAAACUGACCGAUUUAAAAGGGUUUCAAAGAAGUUGUUUCAAAUUGUUGUGGGGUUGAUUUUUUUUUCCCCCAAGAUUGUAUUGUUUUAUUUUGAAGUGGCAACUUUCUCCUCUAUUGCCCUUAGAGUGUUUGCCUGUGCACUUAGACUGUCACUUCGUGGGGCCUCCAGAAGGCUGGCUGCUCUGCUCAGAGAGGGCUAGGGAGGGGUACGGCAUGGCAUGAGGAACAGAGAUAGGAACCCAGAAGGUGGCAGCGGGUGGGCAAGAGGCUUAGCACGUUAGGAGUAUGAGCACCCCUUGGCCCAGAAGGAGAAGUGCUAGUAACCACUCAUAGGAGGCCAUCUGAGUGCUAAGCGGCAGGACACCUGCUGGAGCUUUUCCUCGGAGACAAGCACAAUACUGCAGUCUUCACACUGUUUACAGCCCUGGGCACCAGCCACCCAACGCUGGCUCUUCACCACAGCUCUGCUCUGGCUUAGCUAGUGGGGUGGGGUCAGGGCAGGGAUUUGGUUUUUAAACUGGGUGAAGAGCCAAAUAGCUACUGUCCCUGGGCGCCAGGCAAGCCAGUUCCUUGGUUACCUGAAGGGAACUUGCCCUCCUCCCUUGUGGCACCAUCUGGCCUCAAGGUCUUGGGGACUUGAGUAAAUACGUGAGGGACAGGGGAGAGAGGCCAGAGGAGAUGAGAGGUCACGGGUGGAUCUGUGGAGGUGAGCGAUUGAGAGGGAAGAGUUCAUGAUAGAUCCCACCCAGACCUAAGCUGCUGGUGGUGGGAGCCAGGGAGUAGGAUGCCCUGAUUGUCCAGGGAAGGGUGGAGAGGUGUAGCAGAUGGGGCGGGGUGGGGAAGGUAGAAGCACUGUUCAGCAUCAUCCAUUGCUGGGGUUGGUGAAGGAAGGAAUCCCAGCAGUAUUUCUGCUCUGGGACCCAGCAGGUUGCCUGGGAUUACGCUUGAGGCCACUCUUACUUGGGGGGAAGGGCAGCCACGUGAGGGUCCAGGGUAUGGUAGGCUGCUCAGUUUCCCAGAAGGGGUGAUUGGAUGGAAAGAGGCCAGAACCCCAGCCUGAGUGAGACUGCCGUGCGCCCCACAGUCUGACUGCACAGAGCCGCCUCUGUUGGCAGAAGGCGCAGAGGCUCCCCUUCCUGUGUACUGAGAAACCGUGUUUGCCAAUCGUUUUUGCUUUCAAUUCCAAGAGGAGCUCUGGGAAAACCUGUGGAUAAAACCAAAUGCCAAACGUUGGACACUGUUCUUUUCCUUUUCUCUCUCUGAUUGUUUUAAUUGUUCUGUGGUGGUUUUAAUGGAUUUGAGACCCUGGAGCGGCAGCUGUCUUUCUGAUUUCCAGCUGCUUUUUGUGAAUAAUUUAAAAAGAAAAAAAAAAAAAACUUUACAUUUUGAAGACAAACCUGUGUGAGUUUUUUAUUGGUACAAACGUUGUAUUUAACACUAGGGGUUUUGUACAGUUUUUUGCCUUUUCUACUAGAAAACAAUGUAAAGUGAUUUCACAAUGUGAAGAGAAAAAAAAUUGCCACUAUGACCAAACGCACAGUCUGUUCUGCAGCAACAACGGGAUUCAAUCAACUCAAAGUCGUGAUUCAGCCGUAGAAAUGCUUUUCCUUUCCCUUGUUUGAGCUUUUCCUUUCUUUCCUGUUUUGAUUUGCAAAAGAAAAUGUCUUUUUUGUGUGAACUUGUGUUGUACUCUGUAGAAAAUUAUGGAUUUUAUUUUAAUGGUUUAAAAAAAAAAAAGGCAAGAAGAGCCCUUUGUCGCUUUUCUGACUUGAU